AUGGCGGCACAAGAUUUGAUUUGUGGAGGGGUUAGGCGCAGGAUUGGGGAUGGCAAAUCAACUUUGAUUUGGGACCAUCCAUGGUUGCAAGAUGUGAGUCAGCCGAAAAUAUUAACAGAAAAACCACCCCAAUUGGCACAGGCAAAGGUGAUGGGACUGAUGGAUCAACAUACAGGAACCUGGGAUCAGGAUAUUCUAACUGAUAUUUUUGACCCUGAGGAUGUAGAGCGAAUUUUAAAAAUACCUGUGUCACCAGAUUAUGAGGAUUUGUGGUAUUGGUAUGGGGAUCCAAAAGGAGAAUAUUCGGUUAAAAGUGGCUAUAGAACAAUAGUAGUGGCACUCUUAUAUUAUAUUUGGCGUGCAAGGAAUGGGGCUGUAUGGGAUGCGACCUUGCCCAGACCUCGGAAGAUAAUUGCAAUGGCAUCAUCAGCUGUGAACGCUUGGAAAGUAGCCCAUCCCGGUCUGCGUCCGCCGGCCACCUCCGCGGCAUCAAACAGCCGGACUGCUCCCGUGGUGGACACCCACACUGCUACGGCGGUCCCUUUGGCAACAACCAAUACUAUUGCUGUGCCGACUACACCACAGUUGCCAAUGCCGAACAUGGUACACCAAGCUACGCAAAACAUGAGGGAUCAAUGUUACUUCGAUGCGGCGUACGACCCCCAGAUAAACAAAGCAGCGAUGGGAGCCAUUAUUCUAAAUUGGCAAGGACAUUAUGUUUCGGCUAUGACUGCCCCUAUGAUAGACUGUUUUUCGCCCCUAAUGGCGGAGGCCUUUGCAUGCAAGGAAGUUUUGUCGUGGCUAAGAAGUCGCGAAAUAAAGUCUAUCGAGCUCUUCACGGAUUGUUUGGUGCUUCAACAAUAUUUAUCAUCUAUGACACACUCGUCAAGAUCGUACUUGGGUUAUGCCAUUGAUAGUUGCAGGACUAGUAUAUUAUCUUUUGAUUAUUGUUUACUUCAUUAUGUUCCUAGACUAGAUAAUUAUUUAGCUCAUACUCUAGCAUCUACUGCAAUUACUCAGUCAACUAGUAUGUACUCGGACUAUGAUCCACCAGCAUCUAUUUCAUAA